GGAGGCAUUGCAUACAAGCCUACUGGAUUUGAUUUUUUUUAGACAUGUUAAAUCACAUGUAAACAUAACUUAUAUUUGUUCUUUAUAUCAAGUGCUGAGCCAUUCCAUAUUAGCAGUUGCCAACACAGAAAAAGCAGAGUCAGAAUAAAUUUAUUUUGUACACAAAGAUAAAAUAGAUGUUACUUGACACCCAGUUAAACAAUCAUCCCUGGAAACGUUACCUUCUAGGGUAAAGUUCAAGCUGCUGCACCCUGGCCUUGGCUGCAGCAUGGUUUUCACACUUUACUGAGUUUCAGAAUCAUCUGGAAGUCUGGCUGAAAUAUAGCUAGGAAACCCCACUCUCCUGCUAGGAAAGCUUCUAAUAGUAGGUUUGGGUGGGCUCUGAGAAUUGAGAAUGAGUUCCCAAGUGAUGCUGAUGUUGCUGGUCCUGGGACUGUAAUCUGAGAAGCACUGGUCUAAUGUAUCCUUUGAAUAAGAAGUCAAGAUUUGGGCCCUCAACCACUUUUCUCAACUGCUGGAAGGAUGUUUUCUUAAACACACGUGUAGUGGGAAAUAUACCUGUGCCAAAUAUGGCUUAAAAGUGACUGAAGGGAUUGGAAAUUUCAAAAGUAUUGGCCAUGAUCUUUGAUGAACAUAAUAGACUGAAAAACCAGGAUGACAUACUUAACCAACAAUUGAAAUUUCACUUGAUACAACUGGACUCCGAUGGACCUUUCUGAAAAGUCUGGCUACAGAAUUAUGGCAAAGAACACAUAUUUUAUAUGGACAAAAUAGAAGAACAAAAUGGAGAAUAUGCUAUUUUGGUUGAUACUUUUCACCUCUGGGUGUACCCUUAUUGAUGGAUCUGAAAUGGAACAAGAUUUUAUGUGGCACUUGAGAAAAAUACCCCGCGUUGUCAGUGAAAGGACUUUCUAUCUCAGCAGCCCCACAUUUGAGGCAGAUGCUAGGAUGGUGGUAAAUAGAGUGUGUGGAAUCGAAUGCCAGAAAGAACUCCCAGCUCCUGGCCUUUCUGAAUUGGAGGAUUCUCUUUCGUAUGAGACGGUCUUUGAGAAUGGCACUAGAACCUUAACCAGGGUGAAAGUUCAAGGUUUGGUCCUUGAGCCGACUCAGAACAGCACUCCCAAAGGAGCAGCUGUUAGGAGAAAGAGACAAGUGUAUGGCACCGAUAGCAGGUUCAGCAUCUUGGACAAAAGGUUCUUAACCAAUUUCCCUUUCAACACGGCGGUUAAGCUCUCCACUGGCUGCAGUGGUGUCCUCAUUUCUCCUAAUCACGUCCUCACAGCCGCGCACUGUGUUCAUGACGGAAAGGACUACGUCAAAGGCAGCAAAAAGCUAAGGGUAGGAUUGCUUAAGAUGAGAAAGAAAGGUGGAGGCAAGAAGCGCAGAGGUUCUAAGAGGAGCAAGAGAGAAGCUACUGAUGGUGACCAAAGGGAAGGAACCAAAGCGAGUCUGCAGGAGAGACCCACGAGAAGAGGAAGAGUCGAGUCUGGUCGGGGUCAGAGGGUGGCAGAGGGGAGACCCUCCUUCCAGUGGACGCGGGUCAAGAAUACCUACAUUCCGAAAGGCUGGGCCAGAGGAGCAAGUGGGGAUGCGGCCUUGGACUAUGACUAUGCGCUCCUGGAGCUGAAGCGCGCUCACAGGAAGAAAUACAUGGAACUAGGAGUCAGUCCGACCAUCAAGAAGAUGCCUGGUGGGAUGAUCCACUUCUCUGGCUUUGAUAACGACAGGGCUGAUCAGUUGGUCUACCGGUUUUGUAGCGUGUCUGAUGAAUCUAGUGAUCUCCUCUAUCAAUACUGCGAUGCUGAGUCGGGCUCCACCGGCUCUGGGGUAUAUCUGCGUCUCAAAGAUCCAGACAAGAAGCACUGGAAGCGCAAAAUCAUCGCGGUCUAUUCAGGCCACCAGUGGGUGGAUGUCCACGGGGUUCAGAAGGACUACAAUGUUGCCGUGCGCAUCACUCCGCUCAAAUACGCCCAGAUUUGCCUCUGGAUCCACGGAAACGAUGCCAAUUGUGCUUACGGCUAAGAGAAGGCUGAUACAGAGUUUAUGUAUCACCUAAAUCGCAGAGAAAACCUGUUCUGAUUAUUGUUAGUGAGAUGAUCUCACAGGAUAUGCCUGGACUUGAAUCUAUCAAUACCAUUUCAGCAUUUUUACAAAUUUAUUUUCUCACAAUAGGAGAUUUUCAUACAUUUAAAAAUGUUUAAGUACAGAUAUUGAAACUAGAUGGGCACUUGAAUGCCAAAUAGAUACCCUUUACAUGGUGAUAAGUUUCAUUUGUGGACAGACUUUUGUUUCCUUCUGCCUUCCUAGAAAUAAGACACUCUUUAAAACUCCAAACUGGUACAAUAAUGUAAUUUCUCAAUGGAUUUAUUCUUGGGGUCCUAAUAGGAUACCAGUUGUGUGUAAAACGUGAAACCACACAAAGGUAGACAGUAACCCAAGAAGAAUCAGGACAGAGAGGAAGAUUUGCAGUUUGUACUACUUAGAGGUGGAUCCAUUCAGUUCUUGGCCUCAGAGUUUAUACUGUUUUCUGUUGGAUCUGGGAAUUAUAGUUUUAGUUUUUUUUUAAAGAAUUAAUUACAAAUCAGAAGAAAUAAGUUUUAUAAACAAAACUAUUAACCAAUAGCAGCUGCAGUGUCUAUUUAAAAACAGGAGAUGAACUUUGUUUUAUAAAAUAAAUUUAGCUUAGAAAUAGGAAAAGAUAUUUUAAGAUCUCAAUUUUUUAGUACUCAAAAUAUGAAAUUUUAAUGUAUGCAUAGGGAAGACUUUUUACAAAUUAUGAAUCAUGUAUCCAAAGCCACAUCAUUUUAUACUAUAAUUCUGUGUAUGAGGUGCUAUAUUUUUAAGAGAAGGAAUUCUGCAGUCUUUUUCAAAAAAGAUCCCUUUCCCUCUUGACAGAGUUCAGCUAACUUUCUUCUUUUCUUUUUGUGGUGCUGGAUGUUAAAUGUAGGGCCUUGUGCAUGCCAGGCAAACGCCAUACCACUGAGCUAUACCACCAGCUUCAAGUUCAGCUUUCUUAAUAGCACCAUAGGUGCUAUUUUAGUGAAUUUUCUGAUUAGUAAUUUUAGAUGUCAUUUACUAAAAAUGAAUAUAAUUUACAAAUGGAUUUUUUUUAAAGAAGGUUCUAGUUAUCUUCAUUAGGAACCAAGGCUGUACACUCACUCUGAUUAUCAUGUGGCAUAAGCAGAUAGAGUCCAGUGGCUGCCCUGGGACAAAACACAGAGCUGGCUGGCAUUCAAUAUACGUUUCUUGAAUUCAGCAAAUUCAAAACCCCCUAUAAAAGGGGGUUAGUUCAGGGCAUCAUGUUUAAAGAUUUUUAAUGACUUGUAACUGAGUAUGCCCUUAAAAAUUUAGAAAAUGUAGGCCUGAUUUUUGGUCUGUUCUUCCUGGCAGUUUCUAGAGCCACAUUCUCUUUUUCUCAUGACACACAACGUCACUAAUUCUGCCCGGGUACAAAUUCACUUUAUUAUUUUUUAAAGAGAUGCCCUGAAAUAAUGAGAGGCUAUACUCUUAAUCAGUAUGAAAAAGGAAUAUUUGAUUAGGUUAUCAUAAGUGAUUUUGUAAAUGAUACCCAAAGUAGCUGAAAUUCAAUACAAAUACAUAUUCUUUUAUAAUGUGAGUUUGUUAAAAAUAAUUCAAUAAAAAUUUUACAUCU